AUGAUUCGAGCCAUCCUCGUCUCUCCAACCAGACCAAAGCGAGAAGUUCAAAUUCGAUCGCCCACUAUAAAUGCCUUGAACUCGGUUAUGUCAAGUGGUCUUGACGGUCUCCCUGACCUUAGUUGGGACUCUGAAGACUACGUUUCCCAACGCUCUAGUCCUGGUGGUACUCCAACGUUCACACGGCUGCCUGCUCGGGAAAGACACCAAAAGAUACGAGAACAAAGAGAUGGAGCACAAACAUCAGUCAACGCCUUGGAGAAACGACUAGGCGACUUUGAAACCGAAUUCGUAUCGCUCAGACGUGAAUUACAAACUGUCAAAGCCGAAAACCAAGCCGAAGUUGCAUCGCUAAAGCACGAAAUGGUAGAAUCCAACGCCCAAAUAACCUCCUUGAAGCGUCAAGUACGCUUACUCAAAACCGACAAUUUCGACGCUAAAACCAAACGCCGCGAGGGCCUGAGAUCGAUGAUCUACGAUCUAAAAGCGCAAAUUCAAGAGCUCGAAUUGAUAGAGAAGUUUGAGGUUAUAUCUUCUUCGCUUCGAGCAUAUAAUGAGACACUUUUCGACCCUGCCAACAUAAACAAACAAAUGAAGACACUUCUCAAGGAGAAUAAGCUCGACUACAUCACGCGACUAUUGGAUUACCGCCCCAAAGAUGAUCAGGAACUCGACACUGCAGUGUCCAGUCGACUCCAACUUCUCUCACCAGAUGAACAGGCUUUCUGUCGAUUCCUCCACUCCCGACUCAAAACCAUGCGAGAGCCGCGGAACCGACUUCAGCACCCUCGAACGAGUCCAGACGUUGCCCGAAUGUGGCUGGAAGACAUUGCCCCAACGCAUUCAACCACGUUCAAUGCAAUGCUUGCUCGGAAACCCCAGCUCCUCGAGAGGGAUCAGACGGAAACCAGUAUCUUUCCGUAUGGCGCCGAGAGUAGACUAGAGCGGAAGAGAGUGAAACUCACACGGGCCGAGGAGGAAUUGCAGAGCAUGGACAAGGAUGACAUUGCCUCGCUCGGUGAUGAUGAAUGA